AGACUUUAUAAAAAGCGAAACCAUUGCCCGCGCAAGACAAAAAGACCAAAUUACCCUCUUUGACCCAAUUGGCCAAUUCUCUCGCUCCUUUGUGUCCUCGUUUCUUUCUCGAAAAAUUCCUCUAGGGUUUUUAAAAAUGGCAAAUAACAGCAAUAAAGAAGAACCAAACACUGCUCCAAAGCCUAAUCAUUGGUACAAUAUAAGUUUGGGAUCUUCUUUCAAAGAUCAACAACAACCUUCCUCCAAAUUCUGCACUUUACGAUAUGAAUUUAAACCAGCAUCAAUUGAUAAAAGUCAACCAGGAUUACUCCACAAGGCAAAGGAUAAUCGAGUUAAAGUAGAAUUUGAAAACAAUCAGCAUGGAAAACCCAAGGUGACAUUUGAGGGUGCCAGUGAAGAUUACAAGGAUAAUGAUGCGGUUUUGUUCUUCAACGGUGAGACAUUCCGGUUGGAGCGUUUACACCGAGCUGUGAAGCGGUUGAGGCAUGUUCGGCAGCCUGGCGAAUCUGCAUCCAUGGCUAUGUCAGCCGGCCCUGCUAUGGAGUCUUAUUCACCUCCACCUCCUAAAGGAGUGAAGCCAGAAUCGUCGAACAAAGUCCCGGUUCCAUCGUUGCCUCUUCAGGUGGAGCGCAUCAAUACAUCUGACUUCACGAGCAGAGAAUCCAGAAAGGAGAACUCCGAGUUCCCUACGUCAAUUCCAAAUCAACCAACUGCAUCACCAGAUCCUAAAAAUUACGAAUCAGAAGAACAGGUGGAUAUUGUCAAUGACGACGAUGAUAAUGAUGGUUUGGGGGCAGUUAAAGAAGAUGAUGCUUCCGAGAAGGUUUCAACUGGUUUCAAUUUUGAGUUACCACAUCAAAAGGACAUGGAUGAUGAGAUCGCGGAUGUAGAUCUAAGUGAUGAUGAAGAAAAAGCAGGAGGGAAUGCAGCUGAAGCUCUUCGAGCUCAGGUCAAUGCAGAAGAGAACGAAGAACAUACUUCGAGCUCGAGCAGUAGCAGCGGAAGUGAGAGUAGUGGUAGUGGUAGCGGGAGUGGAAGCGGGAGUGGAAGCGGGAGCGAGAGCAGUAGUGAUAGUGAAAGCAAUAAUGAUGGGGAUUCAGUCAUCUCUGUUUAAGUGGUUAAACCUAGUAAUUGUUUUACACUAUGCUACUCGAAUUGGGGGUGCCAUACAAGGUUAACUCUGAGAAAAUGAAAAGUCGGAACAUCAUGAUGGACCCAGUUUGGCAUUGCUAUCGAAUGACUGGUUGGCAAACUGGGGUUCAAAUAUGUGAACAUUAUUUACUAUUAUUUAGCAUUGCAAUUAAUUAAAAUCUUCAUAAAGACAUGAAUGGAAUCAAGUUCUGGUUUUAGUCCAAAUGAUUCAUUUCUCGAAA